AUGGCUACAUAUGACUUACUUGAAAUUUCGAAUGAAAAUACAAAUAAUGAUGGGACUAAUAAUUUGGAUGAUGCUAAUGAAAGCGAAGACUCGGAAAGUUUAACGUUAAAUAUUGCAGAUUCAGUAAAUUUAGAAUCGCCAGAAUUUUUAGUAUCUGGGGAUGCAGUAUUUUCUUCUGAACCUGUUACAACUAAUCGAGCUAGAGAUGUAGGUAAUAUGAAUUACAAUCCUAUUGAAUUUAGCAUGUCAAAUG